GAACACGCGCUGUCAGCACGACGACAACACGUUGCGUGAUACGCCUUAUAAUCUUCAGAAAUUGUUGCGGAAUCCCAAUCUUGCACCACAAUCUCCUCCGCUUUGAGUUUUGUUGAAAACAUGUCUAUGGCUACCGUGUCGAGGUCUGGUCCACAACCGGACACAGCUGAACUGAGAGAGUUGCUCGGCACGAUGAAAACCACGCUGGGGACAUUGGGACAUACGUUCAAAACCCUAAACGAACAGUCGGACAAAAUAUCCACGUUAGGACCGACAAUGCAACAUGCUUCAGUGCAGAUCCACGGCUUGAGACAACAAAUCCAAAAGCAAGAUAGAAAGCAAGAGGUUCGUGUCAACGAGAUCAAGUCAAUGAUCCAGAACGAAAUGAAGGACAAAUUCGCGCUGGACCUCCAAUCAUUCAUUAAUGACCAGAUAAGAAAGGAAACAGCACUGCAAGUCAAAGAACAGGUCAGCUUGCAAAUGAAAGACCACGUUCCACUUUCUCUUGAAGAGCAAGUCGAGGGCAGUCGGAAGCAAUUGAUCGAGGUCCGCCACGCGCUGCAAAAUUCAGAGUCGCGGAGGGCGAAUUCGACUCUGGAGACCGAUAACCUGAACGACACCUUGCAAGUGGUCUUGAAACCCGAUGGCACAAAGAGUGCAUUGUAUCCAGCAAACUUGAACUCGCUUUUCGCAUACAGCCCCAAAAUGCUGAAAGAACUGCUCAAGGAUCAUGGCCUGCUCGAGCAUGGCUCGAAGGAGAAGAACCUAAAUCGUUUCAUGUCUCACAUUGGAAUUCGCUUUCAACUUGUGCCCCUACCAGAGGGUGAAACAAACUAGCAUCUCACCAUACACGUCUGCUCUGGGUAACCUGAGAACAGUGCGGCAUCGAAUUUGUAUUAUCUCGCUGUAUCUUGUUGUACACUAUACAUCCAUCAUGUCAUGGGCUGAAAUCGACGCAUACUACGAC